AUGAACGAGCUCGCGGCCAUCUGCUUCAGCGUCGUGAAGCAGGGAGCCCUCGCCGGCGCAGCCACGCAGGGCCCCGAGCCGCUCGGCUUCCGCCUGUGCGGCCCAGCCCAUGACGAGGCGGACGCCUUCACGCUCUUCGACCAGCUCAUGGUGGGCGCAGCGCAGCUGGCGAUGUUCACGCACCCGGGCACGAGCGCCUGCCCGCGGCAGCCUGCCAGGUCGCCUGUUGGCGAGCUGCCGCGCCCCCGCCGGGAGCCCAGCGCUGCGGAGCCGGGCCCGCCAGCGUCGGCGAUCCUCGCGCGCUGCCACCGAUGCAUCCACGACGUGCUGCUGAAGGCCGUGGACGGGGAGCUCCACGCGCACCUGCAGCAGCUGGAGGUCGAGCCGCCGGUGUUCCUGCUGCGCUGGCUGCGGCUGUUCUUUUGCCGCGAGUUCGAGCUCGAGGAGGCGGUGCUGCUGUGGGACCGGAUCUUCGCGGACGCCCAUCGCACCUGCAGCGUCUCGGGUCCGCCGUACCCGAGCUUCGGGCCCGACUCGGCCGCGAUUGUCCGCGAGGCCUCCGCAGCAUCCUCUGCGCUGCCCCUUGUUGACUACCUCGCCGUGGCUCUGUUGGUGCGGCAGCGUGGCGAGCUGCUCAGUGGGGACCAGACCGACUGCCUCCGCCGACUGAUGGCAAGCGCUCGGGCCCCAGAGCAGGGUGCGCCGUCAGAGUCGUCCGUGGAGCAGCUGGUGGAGGCGGCAGCGAGGCUGCGCGGCAGGCUGGCCGAGCGACCCUACGUCACUGCCGAAGUCUGCGCGCCAGCCCCGGGCCGCGCCGCGACGCCCGAGGAAUGCCCGCGGCGGCGGCAGCAGCUGCUGAACGCCGUCGGCGGGCUGUUCAGCGCCGGCAGGCAGUCGCUGGCGCGCGCCGGCCAGCGCGGCGAAGCUGCGCUGGCCGCGGGGGCGCCAGCCGCCGGCCCGGAGCCUGCCGAGGGCCGAGGCGACAGCCUCGCCGGCUGGGCCAGCGACGCGCCCGCGGCCACGGCCCUGGCCACAGCGCCAGCCAGCCUCGAGGUGGCGGAGCUGCGGCGCCGGGUCGCGGCCGCCGAGCAGGAGCGCGACGCCGCCCAGAGGAGGGCGGCCGAGCUCCACGCGCUCCGGAGCGCGGAGUGGGCCGCGGAGAGGGCGGAGCUGGAGGCGCGGCUGGGCGGCAAGGACCGGCGCAUCGCGGCGCUGGAGGAGGAGCUGGCCCACGAGAGGCGCCGCGGGCAGCGGGCCCACGAGCCCGCACGGGACGGGGCCAGCGGCGGUGCCACCGCGGCAGGGCCCUCGCCCGUGCGGGCCACGGCCGCGCUGCCUGCGGCUGGGUCCAAGCCGCCGGCCGGAGAGGACGAGGUGGAGGGCGUGGUGCUGGGGGAGACUUUCUCGGGUUAG